CACACCCACACCGACCAAUUCACCAGACACUCCCGUCCUCAAUCGCGAAGGCAACGUGCAUGCACAUCGGCCUCCUCCUUACUGACGAAAUAGAUCGCAAUGAGCUCGCAACUCACCCAACUUCCCAACGAGGUCAUUCAGGUCAUAUUGUCAUACUUACCGUUCGACAGCAAUACUGCCCUACAACAAACCUGCCACCGCCUCGCAGAUGUCGCGAAAGAACCGCUUCUAUGGAAGAAAUACUGCCAGGACUCGUUCAGAUGGUGGGAUCGACGACAUGGCCUUCCGGAAAAACUCCGAGAUGGAUCAUUUGUUGGUUGGAAGGAGAUGUUUGCACAGCGCCACAGAACAUCCAAGACCACUCGACAAGCCCUUGACAGAAUCGUCUCCGAGGAGCUCGGGCGACUUGACCCGAUGAAAGUCAUUCUAGAGGCUGGUUACGAUGCCAAGGACGAUCUGUUCGACAUGUUCUGGAACGCACCCUCUUCUCCAAACCAUCUUGCCCAAAAAUACUGGAGUCAUGCAGCCCUAGGUUGUGUACAAAGACUGGUAGCGGUUGAGCAAUGGACAAAUCUCAGAGCAUCAGGGGACAAUGUGAACGCAGUUGAACAAUCGCUAUCUGCCUACGAUAUGUUUAUCCUCGAAGAACGACCUGAGGGAGACAUGUCCGAUAUCUUUGCUCGGCUUGACUCCUACGCCGAUUCCGUUCGGGAGGCUCACCCCUAUAUCGACGAACUGUCGCCGCGGAAGAAAGCGAGCGUUAUCGCUGAGCACCUGUUAGAGAAAAAAUGGGUAGGUAUCCAGGAUGACCGACACUACCACAGCCUAGAUCAUAUGUUCCUCGGAGUAUCUGUGUUUAGCAACAACCGAAACUCAGUACCACUUAUCUCGGCCGUCAUCUUCUGCUACGUUGCUCGUCAGUUCAACCUGCGCGCUCAACCUUGUAGCUAUCCUUUCCAUGUCCAUGCAGUCGUGCAUCCUCCCCCCGGAUUCGACCUUGAUGGCCACCCUCUCCCAGAGUCUUCCAUUCAAGGACCGUCCGACCUGACACAUUUAUACAUGGACCCGUUCCACAGCUCAGAACCGAUCUCCCGAUCGAGGUUGGAGACACAGCUUAAAUUCAUCAACCCCGGCGCAACAGCAGUCCAGACUGCCACAUACCUGGCGCCUGCGGCUGCCCGAGACCUCUCAGUUCGGACCGCACACAACAUCUUAUCCUCGCCGUCUCACGACCCCGAUCCUCCGCUCCAUCCUAUCAACGCCAAUCUGGCCACCUAUGCAGCUCUCUUCUCUCUGGUUAUCCUCGUCCCAUAUCCAGUUGCGCAACCAGGCCACUUGCGCCAACAUCUCGCCGUCCUUACGCAGCACUUUCUCGAAUAUUUUGACCUGGAUAUCCACUUGUUCGAAACCUAUGUCCUACCACUCACACACACUCUACCGGACUCCCGUGCUUACCGAAAUCUAGUUUUCCAACUGAAGGAGUCGGAUCACGAGUCACGCCCACCCAAAUAUCGGUCUGAUCCUCGCAAUUCGGCGGUGAAGUUCGGCAUAGGUCAGGUCUUUAUCCACCGCCGCCGUGGUUACUUGGCCGUGAUUUAUGGCUGGGAUCCCUACUGUCGCAUGCAGGAGCAGUGGAUCACCAUGAAUCAGGUCGACCGCUUGCCCAAUGGGAGGAACCAGCCCUUUUACAAUGUGCUUGUGGAGGACGAGUCGACGCGGUACGUGGCGGAGGAGAACGUGAUGCUGUUGUCCGCGAGUGAUAUUACGGAGGACCGUAUCAACGCUUUCCCCAUCGAGAUAGGAAAGUGGUUCAAGCGGUAUGAUCCAAACACGGGCACAUUUGUGAGCAACGUGAAGGAUGAGUAUCCGGAAGAUUAACAUGUCAGUGGCAAAGAGCAGCUGCACCGCAACAAAAGCCCAUCGUGCCACAGCAGUAAGCUAUUUGCGCAUGAGGACCCCUCCUAAUGUUCGGAGGUGAGGAAAGUCUUGAAACCUCACGGAUGGCCGGCCACUGAGACAUACAACAACUUCCACAAAUGAAAAGAACGAAGACAUAUGAGGUAGACAAUGGAGUAGAUACCGGGACCGAUCAGCCAGUCACACCAGCUUAUCACUUCGUCAAGAAGUUUGGACGCGAACACACAGGGCAGGUCGAAACCCGUUGGCGUCACAGUGAACCAGCAUUUCUACCUUGUUGUUCUUGAGAAUGCGUAUGGAUUGCAACUGAGGAGUGCACUGUCUAUCUGGAUCUCGGGUAUCUCAUAUAUUGACGCUGGUGCCCACACUAUUCAACUCCGUUCACGGGGAUCAUCAACUGCCAUCACGACCUUGUCGACAAGAAACAUGCGUCAUGGAUCUGAAGGUGUCGUGGCUAGCCAGGGUCCCGUCGGUAACCCGAUCUAGACUCUUCGUUAGGAGCCUUCUCGGAGCUCUCUUACUUGGUGUGUUCCGACAUCAGCCCGGUAUCGUUCUUCCUACAACAACCACCCAACAAAGCCGACGACGGCUCCGAUGAAGGAACCGGCAAUGAGGUCCGUAUUCUACAAGGAGUCAGCGCUGGGCCACAGUCUACUAACUGCGGACGUCUUACCUGGAGCACAAUACCGCCGUUGGAGGAGCUGCUGGCUGUUGUACCGGAGUCGCCGGUCAAGGCAGUGGGCGUGGCAGAGGCCGAAGCGGGCGUAGUCUGCGCGGCAUUCGCGGCGGCAAACUGGUCAAAGCAGGCGGAGGAUGUGGCUUGGGCGCAGCAGGAAUCGAUCCGAGACUGGCCCAGACUGGUGCAGCCUGCACAGACGGCGUCCACGGCUACUUGCUCAAGCUGGAUCGACUCGCUGAGUGGGAGGCCCGUCAGCGCCGGGAGACCGUGGAUGGCAUUCGUGCAGAUGGUAUAUAAGUACAAGCUGUCGGUCGCGCUCGGGGGUGACGCAGUAGUCGCGCCGAAAAAUUGAGAGAAGACCGACGAGUCGGCGUGGACGUAAGCGAACGGCGUCAACGCGGCCAGGAAGACGAGAGCUGCACGAUAGGAAGGCAUAAUGAUGGCAGGGGAGGGGCUGGGUCAAGGUUGUCGGGGAAUAUCACUUUUGGUGUUUUGUUGUUGGUGUCAGAGGGGAGCAUUCCACACGUCAGUGAUUCCACGAUCGAGAACCAAACGGCGUUGCCAUAUAUAAGGCGAAUGGGAGUGACUCG